AUGAAUACAGCUCUUCGAGUGCCCAAUGGCCUGACCGGCCUCGGCAACGACAGAGGCAUGACUCUGACCAUCCUUGGAUGCGGGACCCUCGGCAUUGCCAUCCUAUCGGGUAUCCUGUCAUCUCUGACCGAAGCCUCAACCGCGCCGUCGCCCGCCUAUCCUGACUCCGGCACCGCAACCCCGACCACCGAAGGCCCACCACAACGAACACCCACGAAUUUCAUCGCCUGCGUGCGACGACCCGAGUCCGCCAAGCGCAUCAAACUUGCCGUGCAGGAAUACCGGCCGGGCGUGAUGGUGCUGCAGAACGAGAACGUGCGCGGUGUGGAGGCCGCCGAUGUGGUCAUCCUGGGCUGCAAACCGUACAUGGUGGCGGACAUCCUGCUGCAGGAAGGGAUGAAGGAAGCACUGGCCGGCAAGCUUCUCAUCUCCAUCUGCGCUGGCGUCCCUGUCGAGCAAAUGAGCCGCGUGCUCUACGGCCAAAACUACCCGGCCGACAAUCCCCAGGACGCCUGCACGCUCGUACGCGUGAUGCCCAACACGGCCGCGCUAGUGCGCGAGUCUAUGACGGUCAUUGCGACUAAUACUCCCCCCUUACCCUCAGAGCUUUCAACGCUGGUCGACUGGAUCUUCACGCGGAUCGGCCGCGUUGUGCACCUCCCACCGGCCAUGAUGGACGUGUCCACCGCCCUGUGCGGCUCAGGCCCCGCCUUCCUCGCUCUGAUGCUGGAAUCGCUCGCCGACGGCGCAGUUGCCAUGGGCCUGCCUAGAGCAGAGGCCCAGCUGAUGGCCGCGCAGACCAUGCGCGGCACCGCAGGCCUAGUCCAGCACGGCGAGCAUCCCGCCCUCGUCCGCGAGAAAGUCAGCACCCCGGGUGGAUGCACCAUCGGCGGACUUUUGGUGCUUGAGGAGGGCCGUGUGCGAGGCACAGUCGCCAGAAGUGUCAGAGAGGCCACUGUUGUGGCUGCUCAGCUGGGCAAGGGAAUCAGUGGUGUCAAUGGCACGAGGUUCGAGAGACAAUAA